AUGAACGCCCCAAUUAUUGACCCACUACAGGGGGAUUUUCCAGAAGUAAUAGAGGAGUAUUUGGAGCACGGGGUAAUGAAAUGUAUCGCCUUUAAUCGCCGCGGAACCCUUCUAGCUGCGGGGUGCUCUGAUGGAAGCUGUGUUGUUUGGGAUUUUGAAACCAGAGGCAUUGCCAAAGAACUCAGGGACAAGGAUUGUGUUGCUGCCAUAACAAGUGUUUGUUGGUCAAAGUAUGGUCAUCGCAUACUUGUCUCUUCUGCGGAUAAAUCAUUGACCCUUUGGGACGUUGUCAAAGGGGAGAAAAUAGCUCGAACAACCCUGCCACAAACCCCAUUGCAAGCUCGUCUGCAUCCUGGUUCCUCUACACCAUCUAUUUGCUUAGCUUGUCCCUUCUCAUCAGCACCCAUGAUUGUUGACAUGAAUACAGGAAACAUGACAAUACUUCCUGUGUCAUUAUCUGAUACAGGAAAUGGGGUUGUCCCUCCUUCACGCAAUAAAUUUUCAGAUGGAUCUGCCCCUUUUAGUCCUACUGCAGCAUGCUUCAACAAAUAUGGUGAUCUGGUUUAUGUUGGGAAUUCCAAAGGGGAGCUACUUAUUGUAGAUCAUAAAAACGUCUUAAUAUGUGGUAUUGUUCCAGUUCCUGGGAAUGCUGUGAUAAAGAAUAUGGUAUUCAGCAGGAACGGACAGUAUCUUCUAACAAAUUCGAAUGAUAGGACAAUUAGAAUAUAUGAGAACCUUUUACCCUUGAAAGGAGGACUUAAAUUCUUGGAAGAAUCAAAUCAUGCAGGAGAUGAAAAAGAUGGGUUUGAAAAGUUGAAAGCUGUUGGAUCAAGUUGUCUAGCUCUGUUUCGGGAGUUUCAGGAUUCCAUCACCAAAGUACACUGGAAAGCACCAUGUUUUAGUGGUGAUGGCGAGUGGGUGAUUGGAGGCUCUGCCAGCAAGGGAGAGCACAAGAUCUAUAUAUGGGACCAGGCUGGGCAUCUUGUAAAAAUCCUUGAAGGUCCAAAGGAGGCACUAAUAGAUUUAGCAUGGCAUCCUGUUCACCCUAUUGUCGUUUCUGUCUCUUUGACUGGCUUGGUUUAUAUCUGGGCCAAAGACUAUACUGAGAAUUGGAGUGCAUUUGCUCCAGACUUCAAGGAGCUUGAGGAAAAUGAGGAGUAUGUUGAACGAGAGGACGAAUUUGAUUUAAUGCCAGAAACUGAAAAGGUGAAAGAAUCUGAUGUUGAUGAAGAUGAAGAAAUUGAUAUUGUGGGAGUUGAGAAAGACUCGGCGUUUAGUGAUUCUGAUAUGUCACAGGGUGAGAUAUGCUUCUUGCCCGCCGAUCCAUCCCCAGAUGUUCCUGAACCACAGGACAAGUUUGUUGGAAGUACUUCGAAGCAGGGGGACAGUAACCAGUCUGCAUCUGCUCUUUCAGAAGAGGCUGGACAAAGUGGUCGUCUAAUAAGCCACAUAUCCACCCCACUUGAAGCAAUAGAACAUUCUGCUGUAGAGGACAAUGGAGGAACAAGUUCAACAAGAAAGAUGAGGGCCUCAGAGGUGAUGUAG